AUGUCAUCUCCGUCGGAUUCCUCUUCCUGCACAUCUGAAAGUGAUCUAGAAAGUUUUACAGCUGACGAAGUGAUUGGGGAAUUGCCUGAAUUUGCGCCGUACGACGACAGUUGCGAACCCCUUGCUACCGAGGAAGAAGCCGCGGACUACAACGAAAGAGUUCAUCGCGAAGAAGAAGAGGAACAACAGUUUCAACGAAGAUAUUCGGGAGAGGUGCCAGCGAAUGAAUGGUAUGGUAUUAUCAUGAAAUGUAGAUUUAUAUUUUUAUUUUCCAAUUUCAACAUACUCGUCGUUAAAUCGUGCGCGUGGCGAACACGACUAUGUGUUUUGUUCGUUGCUAUGUGAUUAGCUGUAGUCCUGAUUUUAUGCGAUAGUUUUAUUAAAGCGGUCAGACAAUUAAUAAUUUUAUACAGACGUAUAUUUCUUGUGUUUGACGAAUUUUUCACAUUAUUUUGCAGGUGUUUGUGCUCGAACUGCUCUGUCAGCCUUGUUACAAAAGCUCAGGAGUGCAUUUGCAGCAAAGAGAUCGAUCGCUGCGAUGAGGUCAUGGAAGAAGCCACUGGAGACCGGACCGCAUGCAUAACCCUCCAUCCAGGGUUUGAAAACGUCUGCUUAAAUCGCCACGUAUUAGAAGUGGCUGCACUGGGCCUAAAAACGCGAGCUGGAAAGUCGUACACAACUGUUCGUGGGCAAAGCAACAAAAGUGAUGAUGAGUAAGUUGGGGUAUUGUUGACUUUGUAUCGGAACGAUCGAACCUUACAUAGCAUGGAAUAAUUGAUACAUCUAAGCUUAUAGCCGUGGACUGAUCUCAUAGAAUCACAUUUUUUAUUUUCUAAGUGGCUUUAUUGCCCCGACUGCUUAUUUUUAAAAGGAGUAUUUAUUCAUCUCCAUCCAAUCCCUCCUUGAAUUAACAGUGAUCUCAAUUCUCUAACUAGAUUCCUGAGGUCUGUGGCCUAUCGCCAAUUUACAAGACUGCUGUGGAAUUAUAUUGGUAGUUCCAGGCGAUACCCCUUGCCCUGUUGUGCCUACAAUAAAAUCAGGAAACAAUUUCCGAGUCAAAAUGGCCAUUAUCGUGGAUUCGAAGAUGAAGAAAAUGAAUAA